ACGCCCAAUAAUUGCGCAGGGCCUCUGGGCUGGUCAAAAGACAGGAAAUGUCAUUGCUGGACAGGAUUAGCUCUGGUGUGACGCUUUUAUUUCAGAAAGUUUAGACGAGUGGACCUGUGUGCGAGACUGUACACGCCCGGACAACUGGAACGGUAGUUGACACGGGAUGCGACUUUGUCCACAGCGUUUGCUUGCAUUGCAUUGACAGGGCAAUUAUGAACGGCAAAUCUACUAACGCCAACCCGGGACGCGGCGGUGUGUUGCCAGCCUGUGUCGAAGGGCUUCCGACGCUACCGAAGAGUCUCAGCGGCUUGCUGAACUCCAGCGGUGGAUCCUGGAGGGAGAUGGAGAGAAUGUACGCGAAAAAGACCAUGAUCCAAGAUGAUCUCAGCCGCGGCCGCAGUAACACCGAUAAUCUAGUAUCCAACAAGCCGGCCAACCUAGAUGCUGCCUUGGCACUCCUAAGGAAAGAGAUGGUUGGGUUACGGCAGCAGGAUAUGUCUCUACUGUGUCAGUUAUGGUCACUCCAUGAAUCGAUUCAAGAAUACAAAGGCAGUUGCCAGGACAUGUCAGCUGUAUCCAGUAUAGAUGGCACCUACAAUGUGGAAAAUGGCUUCUUUGAUGAAGAAGAUGACUACUACCAGGACACAAGUAUUGCCCCAAAUGAACACAUGGAUUUGAAUGCAUCAGUUCCCAAAACUCUAAACAAUAAGAACAAGUGGAUGCAAGACUCCAUUCAUAUGAGCAUCUAGCACCAUAAUAUACUGAUCUGUGCCUUCUCACUAUGUGAUCAGUUCUACUCUACUAAUGUAAAACUGGCUUUUUAUAAAGAGGAAUUCUUCAGUCUUCAAUUCCACUGGCCUCUAAUCUCUUUCUAAUAAACUUUUAUAUAUAACCAAUUAUAAAACUAGUAUUUAUUAUACAUUUCUGGCCAAAAAAAAAAAAGAUUAUUGCUUGUAUAUAACCUCAUAUAAUAACACUUAUAAACUUAGUGUAAACUUGGACAAAACGUGUUGAGGACUGUGUAUUUUUUGUUUGCAGUGAUGGAAGUCUAAAAUCUGCUGCUUGUUGGUGGAAACCUAAUAAAACAUUUGAGUAACAAACUGGACCUGUUGGUGCUGCUAUAAUACACUAGCAUAGGUUUUAUAUGUGUUACACAACUGCCAUGCCAUCUUGUGCUGAACAUUUUACUGUGUGAAAACAAUGUUUUGAAAUGUAAUUUUGGUUAUUAUAUUCUCAGGUAUGGGACUUUAUUAAAUGUUAAGCUUUUUAGGUUAGUUUUUAUAUUUUAUGUUAUAUAAACAACUUUAUUUUA